AUGCGUGCCGUUAUCCUGUUCGCCGUCAUUCUGGGAGUCCUGCUAUCGCUGGCCUUUGCCGAGGACCAGGAGCAGGAGCAGCUGCGUCAGAAGCGUCAAUUCGGCUUCGGCGGAUACCCCUUCGGAGGCUUUGGCGGUCCUUAUGGCGGCUAUGGCGGCUUCGGUCGCUACGGUGGCUACGGAGGCUAUGGAGGUUAUGGAGGCGGCUUUGGUCGCUACGGCUAUGGACACCGCUAUGGCGGCUAUGGCGGCUUUGGCGGAUUCGGAGGUCCCUUCUACGGUUAA